AUGGUAAGAGGCCAAGUGGGGGGAGGUACUCCUACUCCUCUUAAGUGCUAUAGGUGUGAUGAGUUCGGUCAACGUGUCAGGGAAUGCAAGACUGAUGUGAAGAAGUGUUACAAGUGUGGAAAGUUAGGACAUCUGGUUGCUGAUUGCAAAAAGAAUAUGUUGACUUGCUACAACUGUGGUGAACCAAGACAUAUCAGCACUAAUUUCCCGAAGCCUAAGAAAGCUUUAACUGGAGAAAAGGUGUUCACUCUGAAGGGGACUCAAACUUCUAGUGACGACAGGUUGAUCAGAGGUAUAUUCUAUAUUAAUAAUACGUCUUUGAUUGUUAUUAUCGAUACCGGUGCUACUCAUUCUUUUAUUGUUGUUGACUGUGUGAAAAGGCUAGGCCUUGUUGUGUCUUCUAUGAGUGGAGAAAUGGUUAUCGAAACUCCUGCUAAAGGUUCGGGGACUACUACUUCAGUUUGUUUGAAUUAUCCUCUGUUAAUCUUUGAUAAAGAUUUUAGCAUUGAUCUUAUUUGCUUUCCAUUGGAGAAUCUUGAUGUUAUAUUGGGGAUGAACUGGUUGGAGUUUAAUCAUGUUUAUAUCAAUUGUUAUAACAAGUCGGUGCGGUUUCUUACUACUGGUGAGGAGGAAGAAGAUGCUUUCUUGUCUACUAGAGAGUUGAAGGAGUUGUUGGAAGUGGAAGCUCAUGUGUUUGCAUUGUUCGCGGCGUUAUCUGUUAAGAGUCAGGCAAUGGUUGAUGAAUUGCAGAUAGUGCAGGAUUUUCCAAAGGUGUUUCCAUAUGACAUUUCAGAUGUACCGCUAGAGAGAGAGAUGGAGUUUUCUAUUGAUCUUGUCCCUAGUACCCGGCCUGUUUCUAUGGCACCAUACAGGAUGUUCACAUCGGAGUUAGAAGAGUUAAAGAAACAAUUAAAAGAUCUGCUAGAGAAGAUAUUUGUGAGACCAAGUGUGUCGCCUUGGGGAGCUCUGGUGUUGUUGGUGAAGAAGAAAGACGGUAGCAUGAGGUUGUGUGUGGAUUACCAGCAGUUGACUAAAGUGAUGAUUAAGAAUAAGUAUCCACUUCCGAGAAUAAAUGACUUGGUGGAUCAGUUGGUGGGUGCAUGUGUGUUUAGUAAAAUUGAUGUAAGGUCAGGUUCCCACCAGAUCCGAGUAAAGGAUGAAGAUGUAUAG